GGAUGAAAGGCUUUUUUUUUUGUAAGUUGGAAAAUUUAGGAUCCUACGGAUGAUGGGCUUUUCUGGUUCACACGCCCACCAUGACGUCAUAUUUUCCACUAAAAUUUAAAUGAUCCUUUUUUUUUAUUAUUAGAAAGAAAGAAAACAACACUCUACAAAUUAGAUAACCGCCUUCAAUCUUCCGUCUUGCUCUCUCUCUCUCUAAAACAACGCAGGCUACUCGUUUUCUCUCUCGUAGCAGCAUGAUGAAGUUAAAGUUCGAAUACGAGGAGGAAUACAUAAGAAACUCGAGAGGCGUUGAGUUGUUCGCUUGCAGAUGGGUUCCUUCUGGUUCUUCUCCCAAAGCCCUGAUCUUCCUCUGCCAUGGGUAUGGAAUGGAGUGCAGUGGCUUCAUGAGAGAAUGCGGGAUAAGGCUGGCAUCAGCAGGAUAUGCAGUGUUUGGGAUGGACUACGAAGGGCAUGGUCGGUCCAAGGGAGCUCGUUGCUACAUCAAAAAGUUCAGUAACUUAGUAAACGACUGCUACGACUACUACACCUCCAUCUCUGCGCAGGGAAUGUACCGAGAGAAAGGCAGAUUCUUGUAUGGAGAAUCAAUGGGAGGUGCUGUUGCUUUGUUGCUUCACAAGAAAGAUCCUUCUUUCUGGAACGGUGCCAUUCUCGUCGCUCCUAUGUGUAAGAUUUCAGAGAAGGUUAAACCACAUCCGGUAGUCAUAAACCUUCUAACCAGAGUGGAAGAGAUUAUUCCAAAAUGGAAGAUUGUUCCCACAAAAGAUGUUAUCGACGCAGCUUUCAAAGAUCCGGUCAAGCGCGAACAGAUAAGGAAUAACAAGCUGAUAUAUCAAGACAAGCCAAGACUCAAGACCGCGCUCGAAAUGCUUAGAACGAGCAUGAACCUCGAAGACACUCUCCACGAGAUCACAUUACCCUUCUUUGUCCUCCACGGUGAAGCAGACACUGUGACCGAUCCAGAGAUCAGCAAAGCUCUGUUCGAGAAAGCAAGCACACAGGACAAAACCAUUAAGCUUUAUCCAGGCAUGUGGCAUGGGCUGACUUCUGGUGAGCCUGACGCUAACGUUGACCUCGUUUUUGCUGACAUCAUCGCUUGGCUUGACAUACGUACCCGCGACUCCGCUGCUCUCACCGUCACUCCGGUACGGAACUUCACCGCCAACGUUCAAGAGGUCGUUGACGGCGUCAGUAACGGUCAAGGGAAACCUAAGCGGCAACAUGCUAGUCUCCUUUGUGGGUUAAACGGUGGUGGACGCCGUUUGGUCCAUAGAUCUUCUAUGUUCCGCCCUAAUUUUCUGAGCUUUUCGUCGAGCGGAGUUUCGCUUCAAAUAAACAUGAGUAGGCCAAUGGAAGAGGAUGCUAACAACGGAAAGACGGAAGAGGAGGAGUUCAACACGGGGCCGCUCUCAGUGCUGAUGCUGAGCGUGAAGAACAACACACAGGUGUUGAUCAAUUGCCGCAACAACAGGAAACUCCUUGGGCGAGUGAGGGCUUUUGACAGGCACUGCAACAUGGUUCUCGAAAACGUCAGAGAGAUGUGGACUGAGGUCCCUAAAACUGGAAAAGGAAAGAAGAAGGCUCUUCCGGUCAACAGAGAUAGGUUCAUCAGCAAGAUGUUUCUCCGCGGAGACUCUGUCAUUAUCGUCCUCAGGAACCCCAAGUGAGAAAGAGAGGUUGAGAUGUCUGCUCCUAGUUGUUGUUCUCGUCUUGAAAUCAAAUCCUAAUUGUUGCAUCAACGGAGAAACGUCUUUGAUUAUGAGUCUUAAAUCUAGUGUUAUUUUGCACUUUUGGUUCGAUCCUAUGACUGAACGCAGCGUUGAGUAAAUGCCCACUAAACUCUAAACUUUGUAAUUGCGAAAGACUAAAGUUUUGUUUUUCUUUACAAAGUUUACAUUACUAGUGGCAAAGGUUUCCGGCGAUGAGUUGCUUUCGCUCGUCUUCUUGCCAAAUAUACAAUUGACUGUGUCAAGCCUUUUUGGUUUAUCUCUCCGUAUUCUAUUUCUUCAUAAACCCCAGUUGAGUGAUUGUAAUUGCAAAAGUUAAAUUAGACAAA